AAGGGGUUCCGCCUGCCUGGUGUCACUACUUAAACCCCCACUCCGCCUUCCUGGUAACUUACAGCCCUAAAGCUUUUGUAAGCGGCAAUUAUGGCAAUCUUUAAGAGCUCGAUCCAGUCUCUGGAUCGUAUACCCAUCACCAUAGACAUUAUGACUUUUCUGGACCUAGCCAGGUUACUGUUUACAUCUUUUGCCGUGUAUAUCUCAUCCUUGGUGGUUUACCGCUUGUUCUUCCAUCCUCUCGCGAGGAUCCCGGGACCCUUUUUGGCCAAGAUUACCGAUUGGUACACCGUCUACCACGCUUACCGCGGAGACAGACACCUGGCGCUUUACAGGUCCCACGAGAAAUAUGGCCCCGUCAUCCGCUUCGCUCCGAACCUGAUAUCCUUCAACUCAGCCUCAUCGCUAAAGGCGAUAUACGGUCACACAGCGCUUAGUCGAUCCCUUCAAAAGUCGCAAUUCUACUCUGCAUUCCCGGCCGUAAAGGGCGUGCACAACACCCACAAUGCAAUCUCCAAAGCCGAGCACGGCCGUAAGCGCCGUGUUCUCUCUGCAGCUUUCUCCGACGCAGCCUUGAAGAGCAUGGAGGAUCUGGUCCUGAGCAACAUCGAUGUAUUCUCCGCCAAAGUCAACGACGCCUUCAAGCACGGUGUUAGCGUCGAUAUAGGUGAUUUGUUCAGUUGGCUCACUUUCGAUGUCAUGGGUGAGCUCUGUUUUGGCCGGAGCUUUGGGAUGUUGACGGAGGAGACGACUCGGUUUGUUACUAAUCUGAUUAGUCAGGCGGCGCAUAAUCAUUACAUUAAUGGGAAUUAUCUGCCAUUGACUACGUUGAAGCUAUCCAAAAUCCUCUUCCCCACAAUCUCCCGUGACCGUUGGAAAUUCAUCGAGCAUUCCCGAGCCUACGCAGAUGAACGUAUGAGUCUCGGGAGAGGUUACAAGAAGGAUUUUUUCUACUAUCUCCUCGACGCCAAGGAUCCGGAAACUGGUGAAGGUUUCGAAACUAAGGAACUGUGGGGUGAAGCCAAUGUUCUCAUGAUUGCCGGCUCCGAUACGACUGCAACCGCCAUGUCCGCAGCAAUGUUCUACCUCUGCCGCAACCCGCAAACGCUCCAGACGCUGAAGAAUGAAAUACGCAGCACGUUCACCGACAAGGAGCAAAUUAUCGGCGGAAAAGAGCUCAACGAUUGCCACUACCUAAAAGCCUGCAUCGACGAGGCCAUGCGUCUAGCACCCCCAGUUCCAGGGCUCCUCCCUCGUGAGGUUAUUGCCAAGGGAGGCAUAGAAAUUGACGGGCUUUACAUUCCGGAAGGAACUGUAGUAGGAACCCCAAUCUACACCCUUCACCACAAUCCCGCUUACUUCCCUGACGCAUUCUCAUUCAAGCCGGAGCGCUGGUUAUCUACUUGCACUUCAGAGGAAGAAGCUGAAGCUGCACGGUCCGCCUUCACACCUUUCUCCAUCGGCCCAAGAGGAUGUAUUGGAAAGAGCGUGGCGUACAUGGAGCUUAGACUUACCCUCGCUAGAUUGCUCUUUGAGUACGAUUGCGAGGAGGUUGAGACUGAAGGGAAGGGUGCACUUUGGAAAGAAGGGCAUGCAAUGGUUGAUGGGGAGUACAGACUUAUGGACCACUUCACGAGCCGGAAGGAGGGACCUGUUAUGAGGUUUUCUAGGAGAUAAGAGCGGGGCUUCUGAUAGUGGGGGUUCCCAAAGGGGAAAUGUAAUCUCUUUCUCCAGA